AAACGAGAUUGGUUGAUCCCUUAAAUACACAAAUCUAUCAGCCGCCAAACCGCCAUUUCUCAAAUCAAAUAUUGAAGUUGGAAAAAUAAGUUUUUGUUGGAAAUAUUUUAGACUUUUAAUGAUUUUUAUUGCCGUUUUGUUUAGAUAAUAUGUCAUAUAUUGACACUGAUCACCUAUAUAAUAGACCAGCAUUCAAAUUCCGCGGUAGAAUGAUGACCGCAAGACACUUUGGCGGAAAAAAACCUUUUUAGUAAUUAUGAAGAAGAAACAGUAGCUCCAAGUGAGGACGCAAUUAAAGUGUUCUUAAGAGUUAAGCCUUCAAACAGUACAAAUGACAAUGUGAUUAAAAUACUAGAUUCGAAAACAGUGCUGUUUAAGAUGCCUCCUGAAUUCACACAGAGCAGGAAAAAACUGAAUAUGCCUGUUGAAUACAAGUACACAUUCACAAACAUCUUCCAACCAGACGUAACUCAAAAUGAAAUAUUUGCUGGAUGUGUGGCACCAUUAAUUAAAGAUCUCUUUGCUGGUCAACACUGUCUUCUGUUCACUUAUGGCACCACCAAUGCAGGAAAGACCUUCACAGUACUCGGCACUGGGGACAAGCCGGGCAUCCUGCCUCGUACUCUGACAACAGUGUUCAAGACUAUUAAAGGGAAAGAGUACAACAAUGACAGAAUUAGACCACACAUGUUCAAUUCUGCCUGGGAAGUGACAGAUUCUACACUUAUGGAGGAACUGAGCUUCAAGCAAAACAUUCUGACUUGGAGUCACGAUAAAACACAAUCUGAUUCAAGCCACCUGGGUAAAACAAAUGCAACUGCUUACACUACUACAGAUGAAAUUAUUGGUGAGUCUGUGUUCCGGGAGAUGCAGAGACGAUUAACCAAUGACACAUCUAUUGUGGAACACGACUCCGAGCCCGAGGAUAGGUUCUCUUUGUGGGUCAGCUUUGCUGAGAUCUACAAUGAGGCAAUAUUCGACCUGCUACAGCCUGUCACUAUUGGGGGCAAGCGGAAACAGCUCAAAUUGGCACAAGAUGGGAGCCGGAACAUGUAUAUUAAAGGUCUGAGGUAUGUUUUCGUUCAAUCAGAGGAGGAAGCAUACAAGGUUUUGAUGUUCGGUAAAAACAACUUGCACGUUGCUGCAACUGGAAUGAAUUCAAGGUCAAGCAGGUCCCACUGUAUCUUUACCAUCAAGCUGAUGAAGUGUCCCAACGUGGAAGCGCCAGAGACAGUCACUGUGAGCAGCAUUUCUAUUUGUGAUUUGGCUGGUGCUGAAAGACAGAAAAAAACUCUUAAUGCCGGUCUUCGUCUCAAGGAGUCACAAAAUAUCAACUGUUCCCUGCACGUCCUGAGCAGAUGUUUCAAUACCAUCAGGGAGAACCAACUGAACAAUGAGAACAAACUCAUACCAUUUCGAGACUCCAAACUGACUCAUCUGUUCCAACAUGCACUACAGGGCAAGGAAACUGUUACGAUGAUUGUGAAUGUGAACCCAGAGCCUCACCUUUGUGAAGAGACCCAACACGUACUCAAGGCAUCGGCCACCGCCAAGCACAUAGUGGUUCAGCCGAGGAUGGUACAGAGGCCCAACAGAGUGACUCGGGCCUCCAUCUUCUCUGAGAUUGUCAGCCGUCACAAUCGCAGUAGCACCCUAAUCCGAUGGGAUUCCUGUGUCAGACCGAAGGCUCCUGGUGCUCAGUCACUGGUAGUUGAGGACUCCAUAAUUCCUGAGAAUGAACCCUCAGAAACAGAUAAAAAACAGCAAAAUUAUGAGAAUCUCAUAGUUUUGGUUGAGGAUCUGAAAGAGAAAAUGAAAGAAGAGAAAGUAAAACAUCUUCAGACUAGGAAAGCAAUAAAGAAGAGAGAAGAGGAGAUUCGAAAAGAGAUGAAGGAUGAGUUGCAACAUCUGCUAAAUAAGGCUAAGGAGCAACAUAAGCUUGAUGACCAAAGAGCAAGAGACGCUGGAGUCAUUGAGGAAAGGGUGUCUGGCAACAGUUGCGUAAGAUCUGCGAAGAAAAUGAAAAGGAGAUUUGAGGAAGAAGAUGAAUUUAAUCUUCCGGACGAGAUUGAGGAUCUGAAAGAAGAAGUUCAGAUACAGAGGAAAGAAAUCUAUGGUCUAACAGAGCUCGUCAACAUGAUGAAGGAGGAGAAAAAGGAGUUGACGUUGGAAUUGACUGGUGCUCGGCUUCAGCUGGGCUGGAAAGACAGGGACAUCAAAGAACUGAAGGCCAAAAUUGAAAUGUUUGGUGAGGAAAGUGAGCUGAAAAAAGGAUAUUUGGCCUUGGAAAAAGAAAUGGAAUCCAAAUUAAAGAUAAGAGAAAACUUAUUGGAAGAAGCCCGCAGCGACCUUUUGGAAGAAAUCAGAAUGAAAGAGGAAGCAGAAGAAGAACUAGAAAAACUUGAGAAAGAAAUCACAGAAAAGGAUCAGGAAAUAGCAAGUCUCCAAAACGAAAUUGAAGAAUGGAAACAAGAAGUAACUGCCAAGUCUAAUGCCCUUGACAUGAUGGAGAACCAUAUUGAAGGAGUUGAAUGUGGUUUUGACGAAGAGAUUAGGAAUUUGGAACGAAAUUGUAGCAAGUUGGAAAAGGAGUUGACCGAGAGGAACAAGGAGGUGGAGAGGUUGACCCAACUACUGGCGGAGGAAGAAGUGGAAUACCACCUUCAGCAAGUCACCACACUUCAAGCUGAGGUCGAUAAGUUGUUAUUUGAGAAGACUGUUGUGGAUGAGCAACUUCUCAAACUGAACAAGGAUUUUGAGGAGUACAAAAAGGAAAAAGAUAAAGAAAUUGAGUCAGUAAUACAAAAUCAAGAAGAAGAAAGGCUAAGAAUGUAUGAGACAAAUCUAGACAAGCAGAGUGAGGCAGUUAAUGAUAUGAAAUUAAAAUACGAGAAGGAAAUACUAGAUCGAGACAAUCUAAUUACACAACUCCAAGAAAAAUUGAUGGUAGCUUUACAAAAAUUGGAAGAAACAAAAGAGAGCAUCAAGAGUGAGUUGAUAGAAAAGUAUGAUGAAAGGGUUGUUGAAGUCGUUAUUGACUCAGAAGAAAAACAUAAACAAGACAUUGAGAACUUGAAGACAGAAUUUUUUGUUGAGAGGAACGAAUUAGAAAUGAGGGUACUGGAUUUUAUCAACCAGUUGGAAUUAGAAAGGAGAGAGCGAGAGUGUAUAAAAGAGGAAUUGGAAGCAGCAAAGAGAGCUGCUUUAGAAAUGAACAAAUCAUUGAUGGACAAAUCGAGUAAAAUCAAAGAGCUUGAGAAGUUCAUGGAAUCUAUGCAACAGGAGAAGGCUAAAUAUGAUAGUGAGCACUCAACGGAAGUAUCAAUUCUUGAGCGAACUUUGAAGCAACAGAUUCAAGAGACAGAAAAUCAAAUGAGUUUGCAGACUGAAAAGUUGAAAGAGAAUGAAAAACUACUUAAAGAUCUUGCCAAGUGGAAAUCAUCUUGUGAUGAACUCAAGGAAGCUCUAAGAAACAAAGAACAUGACUUGGAGUGUAGCCAGAGUAAAAUGGCAGCUUAUGACAACUUGGUACCAACUCUACAAGCGGAACUGCAGCAGCUGAGGAAGGAGAAAGGGGAGUACAAACGACGCUGUGAGGACCAAGUGGCGGCCAUUUUCAAUAUGGAACAAGAAACCAACUCUUUCCAUGCCAAUCAGAAGGAAAUUAUUGGAAAGUAUGAAGAUCAACUUAAAAAAACUAAAGAUGAAAAUGAGACACUGAAGAAGGAAGUGGCCAGGCUAGCCAACACAUUCUAUAAAUCUACUCCAACACCGAAAAAAGAUUUAGAGAAACAAAAUGAGAGGCUAAGAAGAGAAAUUGAAGAUUUGAGCAGACAAUUGGAUGAGUCAAAAGCCACUUGCCAAAAACUUCAAGAGGUGGUGGAACACACAAAAGGACGGCCCACGACAGUCAAGUUGCUUCUGCCCAACGAGGAUGUUACCAGGUUUUCGUCCCAGGCUGAGAGCACCUGUUCUGAGCCCCCUGACAUCAAAGUCAUGAGCACCUCCAAGAUUAGACCUCGUAGAACGAGAGCUACAGCAGCACCUGUUAUUCAAGUUUCAGAUUUUGAUCAAGAAGCCAAGUUGAGUGAAAUCCCCCAGAAACAAACACGCAAGCAGCUCUGGGAUACUAAUACACAAGAUACUACCUUGGAGUUUGAAGAUGUUAAGAUCGACAUGUCUGUGCCUCAUGAUUCACCUGGAACUGUUGUCAAAAGAUGCCUUCGAAAACGAAACAAGCUUGGCCAAAGUAUGAAAAAGUCUGCAUCCGAAAUGGGCACUUGUGUGGGAUGUUUCCCCCAACAACAGAAUCAAAAUAGCUGUGGGAACAGCAGGUCUUCCCGCAGGAAACUGUUCUCUCAGGAUAGCAAAGUUUUGCAGGAGCUAAACAUUGAAUUGAUUGAUUUUGAGCCAAAGUUGUACGUGGAGUCUCCAAGUUCUUACAUAAAGAGAAUCAGCAAAGAAAACAAAAAAUAAUAUUUUCUGUAUAUUUUAUUUAUUAUUUGCAGUACAUAAAGUAUAUUUUAUCUUAUUAAAA